AUGGAUUUCUCUCUCUCUUUCAUGCAAGGGAUCAUGGGAAACACAAUUCAGCAACCACCUCAACUCAUUGACUCCGCCAACAUCCGUCAGGAGGAUGCCUUUGAUAACAGCAGUGACAUUGUUGAAGAUGGUGGCCAUACACCAUAUGAAGCUACCUUGCAGCAAGGCUUUCAGUAUGCACCUACAACAGAAGAUCUUCCUCCACUCACAAAUGGCUAUCCACCAUCAAUCAGCAUGUAUGAAACCAAAUACCAGUCUUAUAAUCAGUAUCCCAAUGGAUCAGCCAAUGGCUUUGGUGCAGUUAGAAACUUUAGCCCCGUUGACUAUUACCAUUCAGAAAUUCCAAACACAAGACCACAUGAAAUUCUGGAAAAACCUUCUCCUCCACAGCUACCACCUCCUCCUUCGGUACCACAAACUGUGAUUCCAAAGAAGACUGGCUCACCUGAAAUUAAACUGAAAAUAACCAAAACUAUCCAGAAUGGCAGGGAAUUGUUUGAGUCUUCCCUCUGUGGAGACCUUUUAAAUGAAGUACAGGCAAGUGAGCACACAAAGUCAAAGCAUGAAAGCAGAAAGGAAAAGAGGAAAAAAAGUAACAAGCAUGACUCAUCUAGAUCUGAAGAGCGCAAGUCACACAAAAUCCCCAAAUUAGAACCAGAGGAACAAAAUAGACCAAAUGAGAGGGUUGACCUUGUUUCUGAAAAACCAAGAGAAGAGCCGGUACUAAAAGAGGAAACCUUGGUUCAACCAAUAUUAUCUUCUGUUCCAACAACAGAAGUGUCCACUGGCGUUAAGUUCCAGGUUGGCGAUCUUGUUUGGUCAAAGGUGGGAACCUAUCCUUGGUGGCCUUGUAUGGUUUCAAGCGAUCCCCAGCUUGAGGUUCAUACCAAAAUAAACACAAGAGGUGCCCGGGAAUAUCACGUCCAGUUUUUUAGCAACCAACCAGAGAGGGCAUGGGUUCAUGAAAAACGGGUACGAGAGUAUAAAGGUCAUAAACAAUAUGAAGAAUUACUAGCUGAGGCAACCAAACAAGCCAGCAACCACUCUGAGAAACAAAAGAUUCGGAAACCCCGACCACAGAGAGAACGUGCUCAAUGGGAUAUUGGCAUUGCCCAUGCAGAGAAAGCAUUGAAAAUGACCCGAGAGGAAAGAAUAGAACAGUAUACCUUUAUCUAUAUUGAUAAACAGCCUGAGGAGGCUUUAUCACAAGCAAAAAAGAAUGUUGCCUCCAAAGCGGAAGUUAAAAAACCCCGGAGACCAAGAUCAGUGCUGAAUACUCAGCAAGAACAGACCAAUACAGGUGAGGUGGCCUCCUCACCAUCAAGUACUGAGACACGGAGACUUAGCCAGAGGCGGCACACGAGUGUGGAAGAGGAAGAACCACCUCCUGUGAAAAUAGCCUGGAAAACAGCAGCAGCCAGGAAAUCAUUACCAGCUUCUAUUACAAUGCACAAAGGGAGCUUGGAUUUGCAGAAGUGCAACAUGUCUCCAGUUGUGAAAAUUGAACAAGUGUUUGCUCUUCAGAAUGCUACAGGAGAUGGGAAAUUUAUCGAUCAGUUUGUUUAUUCAACGAAGGGAAUUGGUAACAAGGCGGAAAUAAGUGUCAGGGGACAAGACAGACUUAUAAUUUCUACACCAAACCAGAAAAAUGAAAAGGCAACUCAGAAUAUAUCAUCUCCUGAAGCAACAUCUGGUUCUGCAGGCUCAGAAAAGAAGCAACAGAGAAGAUCAAUUAGAACUCGUUCCGAAUCAGAGAAAUCCACUGAGGUUGUGCCAAAGAAGAAGAUCAAAAAGGAGCAGGUUGAAACAGUUCCUCAGACAACAGUGAAGACUGGAUUACAGAAAGGUGCCAGCGAGAUUUCAGAUUCCUGUAAACCUCUAAAGAAAAGGAGUCGCGCCUCAACUGAUGUAGAAAUGACUAGUUCAGCAUACAGAGACACAUCUGACUCUGAUUCUAGAGGCCUGAGUGACCUGCAGGUAGGCUUUGGAAAGCAAGUAGAUAGCCCUUCAGCUACUGCAGAUGCAGACAUUUCUGAUGUGCAGUCCGUGGACUCAAGUUUGUCAAGAAGAGGCUUUGGAACGAGUAAGAAGGAGACUGUGUGUCAGAUCUGUGAAAGCUCUGGUGACUCUCUGAUUCCUUGUGAGGGAGAGUGCUACAAAUACUUUCACCUGGAGUGCCUGGGGGUGACAUCACUCCCCGAUGGGAAGUUCAUCUGCAUGGAAUGUAAAACCGGACAGCACCAGUGUUUUUCAUGUAAGGUAUCUGGUACAGAUGUGAAGCGUUGCUCUGUCGGUACUUGUGGGAAAUUUUAUCAUGAAGCCUGUGUCCGCAAAUUCCCCACUGCCGUCUUUGAAUCUAAAGGAUUCCGCUGUCCCCAGCACUGCUGUUCUGCCUGCUCUAUGGAGAAAGAUAUCCACAAAGCAAGUAAAGGUCGCAUGAUGAGGUGUUUGAGAUGUCCAGUAGCCUAUCACUCUGGAGAUGCUUGCAUUGCUGCCGGAAGCAUAUUCGUGUCCUCCUACAUUCUCAUCUGUAGUAAUCAUUCCAAACGGAGCAGUAAUUCGUCCUCUGCUGUAAAUGUAGGCUUUUGUUUCGUUUGUGCAAGAGGGCUAAUAGUUCAGGAUCAUUCAGACCCCAUGUUCAGUUCAUAUGCCUAUAAAUCCCACUACCUACUGAAUGAAUCAAAUCGUGCAGAGUUGAUGAAAUUACCUAUGAUUCCUUCUUCGUCAGCUUCCAAAAAGAAAUAUGAGAAAGGUGGAAGAUUGCUCUGCUGUGAAUCGUGCCCAGCUUCCUUCCACCCAGAAUGCCUGAGCAUAGAAAUGCCAGAAGGCUGCUGGAAUUGUAAUGACUGUAAAGCUGGCAAGAAACUGCAUUACAAGCAGAUUGUUUGGGUCAAGUUGGGAAAUUACAGAUGGUGGCCAGCAGAGAUUUGCAAUCCCAGGUCUGUGCCACUGAACAUCCAGGGCCUUAAGCAUAACUUGGGGGACUUCCCUGUGUUCUUCUUUGGUUCUCAUGACUACUAUUGGGUGCACCAGGGCAGAGUGUUCCCUUAUGUUGAAGGAGACAAAAGCUUUGCUGAGGGGCAGACUAGUAUUAACAAGACCUUCAAAAAAGCUCUGGAAGAAGCUGCAAAACGUUUCCAGGAGUUGAAAGCACAAAGAGAAAGUAAAGAAGCACUAGAGAUUGAAAAAAACUCGAAAAAACCUCCUCCUUACAAACACAUCAAAGCUAACAAAGUCAUAGGAAAGGUGCAGAUCCAGGUUGCAGACCUGUCAGAGAUUCCCCGCUGUAACUGCAAGCCAGCCGACGAGAACCCUUGCGGCUUGGAAUCCGAGUGCCUGAACAGAAUGCUGCAGUACGAGUGUCACCCACAGGUGUGCCCUGCCGGGGAUCGUUGCCAGAACCAGUGCUUCACAAAGAGGCUCUACCCUGAUGCAGAAAUCAUCAAAACGGAGCGAAGAGGCUGGGGCCUCAGGACUAAAAGGAGCAUUAAGAAGGGUGAAUUUGUAAAUGAAUAUGUUGGCGAAUUAAUUGAUGAAGAAGAAUGCAGAUUGCGAAUCAAGCGAGCCCAUGAGAACAGUGUAACCAAUUUUUAUAUGUUAACUGUCACCAAGGACCGUAUAAUUGAUGCUGGCCCAAAAGGAAAUUACUCUCGCUUUAUGAAUCACAGUUGUAAUCCAAACUGUGAAACACAAAAGUGGACAGUGAAUGGAGACGUUCGAGUGGGACUUUUUGCUCUGUGUGAUAUUCCUGCAGGAAUGGAGUUAACUUUUAAUUAUAACCUGGAUUGCCUGGGCAAUGGCAGGACGGAGUGCCACUGUGGGGCAGAGAACUGCAGUGGUUUUCUUGGAGUGCGGCCCAAGUCGGCAUGUGUGGCAACAACUGAAGAAAGGGCAAGAAAUGCUAAGUUAAAGCAGAAGAGACGAAAAAUCAAAACAGAAUCAAAGCAGAUGCAUGAAGAUUACUGUUUUCAAUGUGGAGAUGGUGGAGAGCUGGUCAUGUGUGACAAAAAGGACUGUCCCAAAGCAUACCACCUCCUAUGCCUUAACCUGACUCAGCCACCAUAUGGAAAGUGGGAGUGCCCGUGGCAUCAGUGCAAUGAGUGCAGCAGUGCAGCUGUUUUCUUCUGUGAGUUCUGUCCACGUUCCUUCUGUAAAGAUCAUGGGAAGGGAGCUCUGGUCCCCUCUGCACUGGAAGGCCUUCUCUGCUGCUCUGAACAUGACCCCGGGGCUCCUGUGCCACCAGAAUACUGGAGCAAGAUCAAGUGUAAAUUGGAAUCACAAGAUCAUGGAGAAGAAGCAAAAGAAUGA